GAGUAACGAUUGAUAUUGUUCAGGAAAAUGCCCAUGAUGACCUGUGCUACGAUGUUCUUAAUCUUUGCAGUAAGAGUAUGCAGUGACAAGUUUUGUGGAAAUCUUAUUUGGUUGGUGAGCCAUCUUAUUAUUUUUCUAUCCCAUCAGUAGCUGUCUUUAUUUUGUUAACUUUUUGCUCAUCUGCACAAAAUAGAGAAACAUCAAAAUAGUCUGAAAGUGACACUCUUGUAUUUGGUCCACAUGGUUCUUCCAGCUGCAUUCUUUACAAUGUAUAAACAGAAGACUGAAAUAAAUACUUUUUGUGGUGUAGGAAUAUUCAACUGUGCGAACUUCAUUCAGUCACCGAUUAUGCUUUAUUGAAAAGGUCAUGCUUCUGGAAGACUGCAGCCUUUAUUGACCGACCCCUUCAUGUCACCUCCGGAAUCGUGUUGCUGCUCUUUGCAAAUUAUCUUCCAUUCGUCAUUGCUCCCAGGGAGGUCUCAUCUCAGCUCAGCAUGGAGGUUCUGAUUUCAGCAGUUGCGGGCGAUCUUGUCGGCAGGUUCAUCUCUUUCCUGGCUCAAAAUUAUGGCACCCACACAUGUGAGGAGGAGGAUCGUAGAAGGUUGGAACGCAUCUUGCUGAGGAUGCACACCGUUGUUGAAGAAGCAGAGGGGCGGCGCAUCACAAAUCGAGGGAUGCUCCGGCAGCUGAAGGCGCUCAUCGAGGGUAUGUACCUUGGGUACUACAUGCUGGACAGGCUCAGGGUCCAGUCCCUUGGAGAAGAGAGCGUCGAGGAUGACGAGGUGAGUUAUCGGAGCCAAUCUUUUGCCGUUUCUACUUUUAAUACCGCCAAGCGCCUUCGUUUGGCUGUUGCUGCUUCUAUAACGAAGAACACACCAGUAGCAUUUGGGGCCGGGAGCACAACAAAGUUGAAAAGUGUUCUUGAAAGUUUGGAGGCUCAUACCGCAGAUAUGAGAGAGUUUGUGAUGCUCCUUGGCAGCUGCCCUCGCCUGUCUCGCCAGCCAUACGAUACAUAUCUACACAUGGAUAAGUGCAUGUUUGGUCGCCACAUCGAGAAAGAGCAACUCCUCAACUUCUUACUAUGCAGUGAUGAUAGUCAUGACGGAACAAAUUUCUGCAUCCUUCCGAUCAUCGGCCCGUGCAGAGUCGGAAAGAAAACUCUGGUGCAACAUGCUUGCAGGGAUGAGAGGGUGCGGGGUCGUUUCUCCCACAUGUUUUUCUAUAAAGGCGAUGACCCGCAUAUUGGAGAAUUUGCGGCGAACUGCAAGGCAGGCUCGGGGAAGUACUUAUUUGUUGUUGAUUUCAGCUGGGAUGUGGAUGCGGUGGCAUGGGAGAACUUCCGAUCAUGCCUGCAGAAGAUGCCAGGUGCUUGGAGUAAAAUUGUAGUGAUAGGCACAACAGAUCAAGUUGCUAAAAUGGGAACUGCCCAACCCAUCAGGAUGAAGAGUUUGCCCCAAGAAGAAUACUGGUACUUCUUCAAGGCACUUGCCUUUGGAAGCAUGGAUCCUGAUGAGAACCCAAGACUGGCAUCUCUGGGAAUGCAGUUGGCUACUCACCUAAAUGGAUCUUUUCUUGGUGCAAAUAUAAUUGGUGGGGUAUUAAGAGCUAAUCCUGAUACUAAAUUUUGGUGCAACAUGUUACUGAGGAUAAGAGAACUAGUUCGGACGCACGGCUCCUUCGGCAUACACCCCGAGGACCUUUUCGAGAGAAAUAUCCCUGUCAACUUCACCAAGUCGUCCUAUGUGGGGGCUAAGAUUCAAGGAUGUUGGGCUUACGAUUUGAGGGAGACUGGCCCGGAGCAAAGUGAGCUGCCGAAACUGACAUGGCAACAACUGCUAACCGGUGCUGAAAUUCCUGAUGAUGAAGACAGGUUUGAUGUGUUGGCAUGGAGAUCUCGGAUCCCACCUUACCGCGACUACAUCGUUACUUUUGAGAAACAGAAACCACGUCGUAAGGUCAGCAGGAGGAAUCAUCUGGCGCCAAGAAAAACAUCGGCAUAAAUGUUAAUCUGGCAAACACAAGUGCAAGGAUGAACUAUAUAUGUCCUUAUCCUAUAGGUCAAUAGGUCAUUAUUCUGCUCCUGUGUUUACUCAUAGCUGUAUGUACCUGCCCAUGUUACUGUGGAGAUGUAAAAUGCCAUCAGUGAAUAUUGAACUCUCUUACUGCGGAGACAAGUCCAUAUUU